UUUUUUUUUCUCUUUUUCCUUUAUUUUAUACAUGACCCAUAGUGAACACGUUCAGUAUAUCUUGUUAGCAGAGUUUGAUAUUGACAAGGGGGCUAAUCUCAAGUACCAGUAUCCUACAGAAACAGGCACUGAUGAGCAUGUUCUGUCUGAACUCAUGUUGCCUGAUGGUGCUCAUCUAAGAGCAGAAGACUGGACUAUUUUUUGUCUUAACCAAUUGACGCCUGAUCCAAAUCAACAAGAAAAUCUAGACUCAGACAGUAAACCAUUAUUGUAUGUCUUGAAUUUAGUCAGAACAAAGCAUGAUGCUACUGCCAGAAGAGGUGCCCGUGUCAAAGCCAUGGCUAUCUGUACUCGACAUCAAUAUCUUCAUAUUUACAAGCCAGUUUUAUUAUUGGCUAUGGAGAAAUACUUUGAAAAUCCUUCCAUUGAGAUCCUAGAAUCAUUGUAUGAAGCAGUAAACUCCAUGGACUUGUCAAGAAUGCCCAAAUUUACAUGGCAUGAAAGACAGAUAUUAAGAGCAUCUGAUAAUAAGACCAUAUUUGAAGAAAUGUUUAUUGAUGAAGAACCCACUAGUGCAACAAGCGAAACAGAUGAUAUGAGCAUGAUGGAAGAAAUAGAUGUCACACAUCGCUUGAGAAGAGGAACUUAUAUUGAUCUGGCUUCAGGGCAUGUACGUGAAAAGAUCCCUGUGUUUAGUAAAGACAGGCAUUUCUUUGAGACCAAAAUUGAAUAUGAUGGUAUAAAGCUGCCUAUCAAAAUCCCAUUGACGGUGAAUCCUGAAGAAGUAGGCGAUUUCUCUGUGAUCAAAUUGAUCAAUACCUUUACUCCCAGUGCAAGCUAUCCUGGAUCAGCUAAUCCACAUCACCCUCAUCUAGACAGUAGUGGACCAUACACACACCCCAUCAUGCUAUUGUUAAAUGCACUCUUGACACAAAAGAGAAUUGUGUUUUUGGGCUAUGGUCAUCCUUCAGGGGAAGUAGCUAAUUAUGUACUCGCAGCCUGUGCUUUAGGAUCAGGUUGUGGUACUGUUCUAAAAGGAUUUACUGAACGUGCUUUUCCUUAUACUAAUCUUACGAGUGUGGAUGAUUUGCUGAAAUGCCCUGGGUUUAUUGCAGGUGUCACUAAUCCCACGUAUGAAGAACACACAAGUUGGUGGGAUGUACUCUGUAAUAUCAGUACAGGUAAAAUCACAGUCAGUCAUCAUAUUGAGUCCAAUCAUGUCAUUGCCACACCUACUCGCAAACAGUCUGUUUCAGAAGAGACAUCCUUAGGAGUAGAACAAGCACAGUCACCCCCUUUUCAUCAACAACAGUUCCCAGCAGAAGAAAAAAGAGACAGCGAUGUUGAAUUUAUGAAUGAAGUCAUGACAGCUAUUCAAUCCCAUUAUGGUGAGACUUCAAUUCGAGCUAAAUUUCAAGACUAUGUGCUUCGGUUUGUCAGGCUGGCCGCUCUUUAUGAAGAGCAAGUCUAUGGGCACACGAAUAUUGGCCGGCACUCAAAUGGUGUUAUCUUGGGCUGUGGUCCUGUAUUUGCAGAUGAGGCAUCGAAACAAAGAGAACUCAAGGCCAAUGCAAAUCGUAUUGAAGGUUGGAGGCAGUCUAUUUCUUACAGAUAUUAUGAAAGAGAUAUCAAUCAUUGGUUACAGAAUGCUUGUAUUAAAAACUUGGAUGUGUACAGACAGAUAUCAAAACUCAAGAAACUAAAGCAUAUACCAGAUCAAGAAGUAGCCGCUAUUUAUGAAGCCUUUUUAAACAAUAUUGUGACACAUCGACAGAUGAUUGAAGUAAGUUUGACCUUGUUUGUAUGAGUCGCUCAUUCAUUAGUUUCUUUCUUAUUUGCCUCAAAAUCAAGGUGGUCUGUCUCCUUUAGGGGCAGGUUUAUUCCAUUCAAACCCACAUAUCAGAAGACAAGCGAUUGAUCUGUUUCGAAGGCUCGAAAGAAGCCCUGUUGGUAUAAAAUUUAUUCAUGAUUUAUCAAGAUUUCAGCGUAUUGCUUAUGAAAGACAAGCAGCUGCUUUUGU